UCCAUUUCAUCCACUCAACUAAAAAUUUCUUUUUCGGCCAAAUUUUCUCUUACCCAUUGUACGGACGGAAGACAGUAAAGAAGAAGGCCUCCUCUUUCUCUCUCCUCUCAUUAAUGAGUUCUGCUGAGUUUGGUUUUGGUGUUGUUUGUUUUUGGCUGUCUCUUCAGCAAACUGCAAAAACAUAUAACAUUUUGUUGCUUCUUUCGGUCCGGUGAAUUUCCUGCUCUUACUCAAGUUUUCUUCUUUUUCCCUUUUUCGGUCCCUUCUCUUCUUGUCUCGCUAAGAGAGAGAAGGAAGAGAGAUUGGGAGAGAGAGAGAGAGAGAGAAAGGAGAGCAAGAAACACAAGAAAUUGAGCUCUGAGAGUUUGGAGAUCUGGAAAGUUUUUGGCUCUCUCUCUCUCCCUCUCUGUGACUUCCCAUCCAUACUAUCAUCCUCCUCUUUCCUCGGAGAAAUGGAUUUUUAGGCGGUGGGGUUCACCGGCUAGCGGAGGUUUGCUCUCUCUAGUAUAUAGUUUUCUCUCUCUUGAGAAAGAGUUGCGGCUUUUUUAUUUGGAACUUGGAAUUGGAUCUCGUUCGUAGACGCGCAGAUUUUUUUUUUUUUUUUUUUGUGAUUUUUGUUUCUGGUAAGCUCAAGCUCUUCUUGGUGGAAAUUUGGGAGAGGAGGGAGAGAGAAAAGAGGCGGAGUAAGGGCUCUAUCUUCUGGAAAUGGUAGAGAAUUGAGGUUGAAAUAGAAGCUUUUUUAAGGAAUUUCUGCGCGUAAAUGAUCGAUCAAUUCAUUAAUUUUGUGAUUCGCCCUCCCAGGGCGGACUAUAAUCCAGAUCAGUAUCUAUGGGAAAAGGAUUUUACACUUGCUGGAAGAACAUACAAACGACAAGACUUGGAGCUCAGGAAUUCGAGGGGCCACGUGUUGCGUUGUAGUCAUUAUGUGCCUUCGCAGUUCCCUGAAGAUUCUCCCCUUCCCUGUGUCAUUUACUGCCAUGGAAACAGUGGAUGCAGGGCAGACGCAAAUGAGGCAGCUGUAAUUCUUCUUCCAUCAAAUAUCACCGUUUUCACUCUUGAUUUUUCGGGUUCAGGCUUGUCUGAUGGUGACUACGUCAGCCUUGGUUGGCAUGAGAAAGAUGACCUCAAAACUGUUAUAUCACAUUUAAGAAGCAACAAACAAAUUUCACGUAUAGGUCUCUGGGGACGAUCUAUGGGCGCAGUCACUUGCCUCCUUUAUGGAGCAGAAGAUCCUUCAAUAGCUGGAAUGGUGUUGGAUAGCGCCUUCUCAAAUUUAUACGAUCUAAUGAUGGAACUUGUGGAUGUGUACAAAAUACGGCUUCCUAAAUUCACAGUUAAGAUGGCAGUGCAAUACAUGCGCCGGGUGAUUGAGAAGAAGGCGAAGUUUGAUAUAAUGAAUCUUAAUUGCUUACAGGUUUCACCCAAGACAUUUAUUCCUGCUUUAUUUGGGCAUGCUAAGGAUGACAAAUUCAUCCAGCCCCACCAUUCUAACGACAUAUAUAAUUCUUAUGCGGGGGAUAAAAACGUUAUAUACUUUGAUGGUGAUCACAACUCCUCUCGGCCACAGUUCUACUAUGAUUCAGUAUCAAUUUUCUUCUUCAAUGUUCUUCACCCUCCACAAAUUCCUUCUGUUAAUUCGUGUAAGCCGGACAAAUACUAUGAUUUGGGGGAUUUGAAGGUUGCUGCUGGUAUGGAUGAGGGUUUGUUAUAUGAGAUUAUUACUGGCGUUCGCUCUGCGGGUACUGACGCAGCAAGUUCGUCUUCUGCUCCUCCCAUCGUUUCAACUACAAAAUCAGUAGAUGAGCUUCUUUCUGAUAUUGCCCCAAUGACUGCUGAUUCUGUGCUUACUGAAAUUAAUGAGUUUGGUCAUGAAUCAUCAAAAUUACAGGAUAAGCCAAAUAGCCAGAAUGAUGAAUGUUGCUCGUAUACAAGCUCAAAUAGAGAGAGUUGGGGAAGAUGCUCAUCUUUAGGAGGCAGUGAUGAAGAAUCUUCUGCAGAUUGCACAGCUGCAGAGAAUGGUCAUCAGAAGACACUUAAGGUGUUUGCAACGCCUCUACGAAACAACACGCAGCAGAAGUCGUCAGACCUAACAAAAGAGGAAAAGAAGAAGAAAGCGCCAACCAUCCCAAAGAAGCCAAAACGUGAAAAACUCGAGAAGUUAGAGGCCCUUAGCAGACGACUACGACAAUGCAUUCUAAAGAGAGUAAACCACCGGAGACAUAGCUCUUCAUGACUGUUUGUGCAAUAGAUGAAUUUGUAGCUACUAAUGUUUUUAUCUGCAAUUUUUACUUCUCAUUAGUGUAUUCUCCAACCCCGUCAUGGGUUUUGAUCCUUUCAUUCUAGUCUUGUUUGAGGGCACGGAUUCUUUCUGCUUCAA